AUGGCAAAAAUCUGUGUUGAAAUUGACUUGUUGAAACCUAAAGUGGAGGAAUUCUGGAUUGGGAUCAGGGCUGAAAAGCAACUACAGAGAGUAGUUUUUGAGAAAUUUCUAAAAUAUUGUGUUGAUUGUCUUCAUUUGGGACAUUCAGCUGAUGAACGUUAUGCAAAUGGAAAUAAACCAAAACCAGAAUGGAAGGUUGGGAGAAGAAACAAUGGGGUUGCUGGUGAAGAUUUAAGAGAGGUUAUUAACAGGAAGAGAAAUUCUGGAAAUGAGAAGGGGAAUGGAGCUGGGCCGAGUGAGUUAAAAUCUGAUCACUUUAGUAAGGAAUCAGAAAAUCAAGUAUGGAUUCAAAAGACGGUGAGCUUGAAGGGAAAGGAGGAGGAAUUGGGUCUUAUGGAGGAAGAGGUAAAUCAGGAUUUUCUUCAAGCUAUAGUGGAUGAUCAGUCUGAUAAAGAUAGAAAGGUAGAUUUACAAGAAAAGGAAGCAGCUGUGGUGGAUGAUCAACAGAUUGUCCAAGUUGCGAGUGAAAUUGUAAAAAGAAACGAAGAUGUGGCUGGAAAGAAGGAGGUAGAUGCUGUACAGAAAUCAAAUUAUGAGAAAUCAGUAAUGGAGGAGGAGGAUGUAGACAAACAGCUUAAAGAAAAGAGAGAUCCUUCAAAACAGGAAAGGAAAAUAGCCAAGGAUAUGACAGUAGGUAGUAUACAGAUUGCUUCUGGAACAUUGGCUGAAAGGAGAGGGUUGCAGAUUUUGACUGAAAAACAAAGAGCCGUAGAGGGUUCUGCUGCAGUAGACAGGUUUUCAGAGGUGCCAGCAAAGCUGUGGGGGGAUCCAAGUUCUGCAGAAUUCCAGGUUGAUUCUGAGGAUGAUGUUGUGUCUAAAUCCUUUGUGGAAGAGGAUGAUUCAGAGUGGGAUGUUUCAGUACUGAUGAGGAAAAGAAAAAUCUGGUUUGCUUAUGAUUCGAAUAUUGAUUGCUUGGUUUUGAUGGAUCAUGAUCAAUUUUUGCAUCUUAAGCUAAGUUCCCCUAUUUUGCCUAUUGGCAUGUAUGUGAUGAUAGUUUAUGCUAAAUGCACUAGUACUGAAAGGAUGGUGUUAUGGGAAAGAUUAUUGGAAAUCAAACUAUCUUCGGAUGAAUUUUGGUUAGUAGGAGGGGAUUUCAAUGUGAUUACGAGUCCCCAUGAGCAUUCUGCAAGAAUUUUAUCUAAGCUGGGUGCAGUGAGUGAAUUUAAUAAUUUUUUGAUGAUGGCUGGCUUAUUGGAUGCUGGGUUUGUGGGUGAUAGGUUUACAUGGACAAAUAAUAAGAUCUGGAAGCAGUUGGAUAGAAUUAUGGUAUCCCCAUCUUGGAAUGCUCAAAAUUUUUCUGUUCGGGUGGAACACUUUAGUAGAGCCGCUUCAGACCAUUGUCCUUUACUUCUUUCAUUUCCUGGGUUCACUAAGCCGAUUCCUUGUUUUAGAUUUCAAAAGAUGUGGAUUAAGCAUCAUAAUUUUCUGAUAACUGUUAGAUUAAAUUGGAUGCUACCUUAUUAUGGAAAUGGGCUCCAAAAACUUCAGUUGAAACUUAAACGUUUGAAAGCACAUUUAAAGUGGUGGAAUGCUGAUGUAUUUGGGAAUGUCCAUGAGAAUGUUAUGAAAGUUGAAGAACAAUUUGCUAGUGCGGAAAGAGCCUUUGAUUCUUUACCUACGGUGGAGAACAAGAUUUAUAUGGCGAAGUGGCAUGCUUCAUUGUUCCAAACUUUGCACAUGGAGGAACAAUUAAAAAAAAAAAAGGGCAACCCAGUGCACGGAGCUCCCGCCAUGUAA